AAAACUCGAUAAGUAAUUGCUUACAGACUCAAGUCUUCUGCUAUGAAGAAAAUUCUGUAAGUAAUUGCUUACACCCUUCGAUAAUGGAGAGGAAGCGGGGAAUGGUAAGAACUAUCAUUAGAUGCACUGAGAUUCAUAUGUUACGUACUGUGUUCAUUUUAUGUACAUUUUUGUUCUGUUUUCAUCUUCCAUUCUGUUCUGCCAAAGAUACCUUAACAUUGAAUGAUUCCAUUAGCGAUCAAAAGAAUGAAACUCUCAUCUCAGCUGGUGAAAGAUUUGAAUUAGGAUUUUUCACCCCUCAUGGAAGAUCUGAUAAGAGAAGAUAUGUGGGGAUCUGGUAUAAAGGGUCUAAUCCAAGGAGAAUUGUAUGGGUUGCGAAUCGAUCUCCUUGGCUGGAUAAGAGUACUGGGAUUUUUUGCAUUACUGAAGAUGGUAACCUCAUGGUACUUGAUGAAAAUAACAAAUCAAAAUGGUCAAGUAAUCUUCAAGGAUGGUCUCCCUUUAAAGGGAUGGUGAAGCUCUUAGAUUCUGGAAACCUCGUUCUAAGCAAAGAAGACAACGGCACAUCAAAAGUUGUCUGGCAAAGCUUCAAUUAUCCAACUGAUACAUAUCUUCCUGGUAUGAAAAUGCAUGGUAGCCUUAAUUUGACUGCAUGGAAAAGUUCUGAUGACCCAGCACCAGGAAACUUUAUAUUCCAGAAGGAUGAAGAAAGCGGAAACCAGUACAUUAUAAAAAAGAACGCCAGGGAUCUAGAUUACUGGAGAAGUGGAGUUUCUGGAAAGUUCAUCGAGUCUGAUAUUUUCCUUGUUAUAUCCUUUAUAUUAUCAAACUUUAAAAAAUCUAGCUCCAACAUAAGAAAUAUAUUGAAGAAUUGUAACAGUUCCAGCCGGUGUAACAUGACAUCAUCUUCCCUCUUCAAUAAAAAUAAUACGAUGUUGGUUAUGAGUUUUGAUGGAAAGAUACAAUAUUUCUCCCGACACAAUAAGUCAGCUUCAUGGCGUUUGACCUGGUCGGAACCGAGGGAUAACUGCAGUGUGUUUAAAGCCUGUGGAAACUCUGCAAUCUGCAAUACCCAGACAGGGUGCAGGUGUUUAGGUGGUUUUGAUCCUGUGUCACCAGGUGAUUUUUCUAAUGGCUGCAGAAGAAAAACGCCUCUUCUAUGCAACAAGUCUGGCGAUGGAAACUUCUCGAUGUUAGAAAUGAUGAAACUUGGAAAGCCAGAUACCGAACUUGAGACCACAGGUGAAAAUGGAUGCAGAGAGAAAUGCUUGAAAAAGUGCAAGUGUCAAGCUUAUUCAUUUGAAACAACAAACAUAACAAAAAGAGACAAUACAAGAAUAUCCAGGUGCUGGCUUUGGGUUGAAGAUCUCAACAAUAUUCAGGAGGAAUUCACAGAUGGUGGCCGUAACAUAUAUCUCCGUUUGCUGCCUUAUACAGAAGUAGAUGCUAACAGUAACAGUAGUGGAGGCUUUUAUAAUCCAAGGAUGCAAGGGACUUUGAUUGCUUUAGUGACUAUGGCAAGUUUGACUGUUCUGGCAUGUGUCAUUGCAUAUAUCUACAUACAAAAGAAAAAGGCCAACAGACAAGAAGACAGGCAAAGAGCUCUGGCGCUUCACUUAUAUGACAGUCAGAGGCAUGUCAGAGAUCUGAUAGACUAUGGCCAGUUCAAAGAGGAAGAUAAAAAAGGAAUAGACUUACCUUUCUUUGAUUUCGGAAGCAUAUUAGCUGCUACAGAUAACUUCUCUGAAGCAAACAAACUUGGGAAAGGAGGCUUUGGCCCUGUUUACAAGUUUUCAGGAGGUCAAGAUAUUGCUGUAAAGAGGCUCUCAAGUGUUUCAGGACAGGGUUUGGAGGAGUUUAAGAAUGAGGUUAUGUUGAUUGCUAAGCUCCAACAUCGGAAUCUUGUCAGACUUUUGGGCUACUGUAUAGAAGGGGGCGAAAAGAUUUUGCUCUAUGAAUAUAUGCCUAACAAAAGCUUAGACUUCUUUAUAUUCGAUCGUACUCUCAGUAUUUUAUUGGAUUGGGAGAUGCGCUUUAACAUCAUUUUAGGAAUUGUUUGAGUACUUCUCUAUCUUCACCAAGAUUCUAGGUUGAGAAUCAUUCACAGAGAUUUGAAAACGAGCAAUAUUCUACUGGAUCAUAAGAUGAAUCCUAAAAUUUCUGAUUUUGGAUUGGCAAAGAUUUUUGAAGGGACACAAACAGAGGGGAUUACAAAUCGAGUGGUGGGAACUUAUGGUUAUAUGUCCCCGGAGUAUGCAUUAGAUGGAUUUUUCUCUAUCAAAUCCGACGUUUUUAGCUUUGGUGUAGUUGUACUCGAGAUUAUAAGUGGAAAAAAGAACUCUGGAUUUUACAAUUCAGAAGAAGCUUCAAGCCUUCUAGGUUAUGCAUGGAGAUUGUGGCAAGAAGACAAGGCAUUGGAUUUAAUUGACCAGAAACUAAGAGAAAGUUCCAAAACAAAUGAAAUAUUGAAGUGCAUAAAUGUUGGGCUUUUAUGCGUGCAAGAAGACCCAGGUGAUCGUCCCACCAUGUCCAUCGUUAUUCUCAUGCUAGGCGGUGAAACUGUGACCCUUCCAACUCCCAAACCACCAGCCUUCGUUUUAAGGAGAGGACUUUCUGGCACGCCUUCUUCUUCUUGUACUAAACCAGAAAUGACAGUCAGUUUAGAAGGUCGGUAGACGAUAACCAAAUUAUUAUGCAUUUCAUCCUUCUCCAUAUAUCAAUCUUGGUAAACUUUUAUGUGCAUCAAUUCAUCGAACCUCUAGGAAGCUGUUUGAUAACUUUUCUUCCCUCGUGGAUAUAUAUCGAUUUUGAGAUUCUUAUAUUUCAGUAAUUAAGUUGAUCUAUCAGCAGAGAGCAACAUUCUAUUAGACGAAGAGAUGAAUCCCAAUUCCCAAG